GUCCAAGUAAGGAAAGGCGUCUUUGCAAGACCAAGUCCUUGCUUCUUACUUUACUCCCUUUUCUUUUCUUCCUUUUUUUAAUUGGUCUGGUCAUCAUCCUCACUUCCAUUGUUUUUGUUUGUGACUUUUGCUCCUCGCCGCUGAAUCGAAGGCGAGAUGACACGCAUUCCCUUUUGACGGGGCGUCGGCACCGCGAAUUCUCUCUCAACCCAACCCCACUUUCCCCUUUAUAUUUUUUCCUUUCCCACAUAACCAAAAUCUCGAAUUUCCCCCCUUUAUCUUCUCCAAUUCUGUGUAGUUUUCUCGUUUUUCAGGGUUUACAAACCCUUUUCUCUGAUGGGUCAGUUUUAUUCUUCUGCUGGAACCUCUCCGGACCUCAAUUGCCUCCAACGAUGGCCGCCGGGUUCUCAAAUCGGUGGUUUCUCUUCCCCUUUGGCCCUUCCUUCGACGGAGCAAAACGAUGAGGGUUUGUUGGAUUUUGUGGACUUUACUUUUUCCCUUCCUGAUGAAUGUUUGGCAUCCAUUUUCCGAUUCCUCAACUCCGGUGACCGGAAAAUUUGUUCGUUGGUUUGUAAGCGGUGGUUUCAAGUGGAGGGUCAGAGCCGUCACCGUUUGUCCCUCAAUGCUCAGGAUGAGAUUCUCCCAUUUCUUCCAUCUCUCUUUACUCGAUUCGACUCCGUGAAGAAGCUUUCUCUUCGAUGCAACCGGAAAAUCUCUCGAAUCAAUGACGAUGCUUUGAGUCUCGUCUCAAUCCGUUGCCGGAAUCUGACCCGGAUCAAGCUCUCCGGCAGAUUUCAACUCACGGAUAUGGGUAUUGCCGCUUUUGCUUCUAAUUGCAAAACCUUGAAGAAAUUCUCUUGUAGUUCAUGUACGUUGGGGGGCAAUUCCAUUAAUGCUCUCCUCAAGCACUGCAGCACUUUGGAGGAAUUGUCCUUGAAGGGUCUCCGUGGCGUCAUCGCCGGUAACGAGCCCAUCGUGCCCGGCGCAGCGGCGGCGUCUCUGAGAUCCAUUCUGCUGAAGGAUCUUGCUGAUGGGUUGAGCUUAAUUCCUCUGAUCAUGGGUUCUAAAAAUCUGAAAGCUCUGAAGAUCAUUCGCUGCCAAGGGAAUUGGGAUGACCUCUUCCAAUUGUUUGGCAAUGGAAAUGCUAUGGCUAGUUUGACUGAAGUUCACAUUGAGAGGAUCCAGGUGAGUGACUGUGGAGUUUCAGCCAUUUCUAACUGUUUAGAUUUAGAGAUAUUGCAUCUUAUCAAAGUAUGGGAUUGUUCAAAUUUUGGCCUUGCUCGUAUUGCUGAACAUUGUAAAAAGAUUAGGAAACUUCAUAUUGAUGGGUGGAGAAUUAAUAGAAUAGGAGAUGAAGGGCUGAUGGCAAUAGCUAAACAAUGCCUCGAUUUACAAGAGCUUGUUCUAAUUGGGGUAAACCCAACUUGUUUAUCUCUAUCGUUGUUGGCUUCAAACUGUGUGAAUUUGGAGAGAUUGGCUUUGUGUGGGAGUAGAGUUGGGGACGAAGAGAUUGCCUGCAUUGCAGCAAAAUGCAAGUCGUUGAAGAAACUUUGCAUCAAAGGAUGUCCAAUUUCAAAUAUUGGGAUUGAAUCACUGGCUUGGGGGUGUCCCAAUUUAGCUAAGAUUAAAGUGAAGAAAUGCAAAGGGGUAACUGGUGAGAUCAAGGAAUGGCUUGUAGAGAAGAGGACAUCAUUGAGUGUUAAUUGGGAUGUUGAGGAGAUUGAUCACUUGGAUGCGAGUAGUAGCGAUGCCGGGAGUGCUCGGGAAGUUGCUAUCCUUGAGCCGAGGCCGAUGGAGACCGGGGUUGAAGCUCCAGUCGCCGGGGAUGGUCGGUUGACGAUUUUGAAGACAACGUUGGGACUUCUGGCUGGGAGAAGUUUGAUGGCGUGCACAUUUGGGAGGUGGUCUAAUACUACUCCUGAUUCAAGCAGUAGUAUAUGAAAUGAUGUUUAUAAGAAUUGGAAUGUUGUAUGAUUUUUGUGACUGAAAAUUUAUUUGUGGAGACAAUACAUGUGUUUUGGAUUUGUA